UAUGUGAAUAUAUUUUCGUAAAUUUGUCUCGAAAACUUCAAAGACUGGAUGAAAUCAAUGAUCUUUUGAAAAAGUUACAAUCAAAUUACGCGCGGUUUGAUUACCAGACUUGACUUGUUUGUUUUGAAACUUGAUGCAUUUUUAUCUCAGAUUUUUUUUGUGUUUUGUGUUUUAAUUAUACAAUUUAAGCAAUAAAUUAUCCAGUUAUCUUCUGUAGUAAAAGAAUGGCAACUUUCAGGUCAAAUAAAGUCAACAAGAGACAAACCAAAUAUCUUAAAUCUCUCGCAAAUGAUUUAAAUAUUGAUGUGAAUGUUAUCGAAACUCUUUCGCCGUAUGUUUUUCUUGGAAAUGUUGGCCUUUUAACUGGAAACUCAUAUGAAGAUAUUUUUGAUUUAUUCUACCCAUGUAAAUCCAUUCAAAAUGUAUUUUUAUUCAACAACAGGCGAUACUCGCUGUUAAAAUUUGCCGAUUCUGAUUUUGCGUAUGAUGUAGUUAACAAAUUUAAUGGAAUUUUCGCUUCCAAAAUCAAUAAGGUAAUCUAUCUGUUUCAAAUUGCUGAUCAUGUGGCUCAAAAAUUGGUAGAUACAUGUCAAGAAAAUAUUAAAAAACUUUUCUCACAACAACCUGAAGGAAUGAAAGUACUGAACGAGAUUAUUAAUGAAGAAGACGAAGCAAUGCUGCUCAAGCUUAUCGAUUGGAAUUCGGAUUCUAAAGUCGAACAUCUCAAAAAUAGAAAAGUCAAACACUUUGGUCGACGAUUUGAUUAUUCAAUCAAUGGUAUCAUAGAUGACAGUAUGAUUGACCCUAUUCCGGAUUCUUUGAUAAAACUAGCUACAGAGUGGAAAGAAGCUCAGUUAAUUUCAUAUAUGCCUGAUCAAAUAACUGUUAAUAUGUACGAAAAAGGCCAAGGAAUUCCCAUGCAUAUUGAUACACACUCAUGUUGCGAAGAUGAGAUUGUUUCACUGUCUCUUGGUUCGGAUAUAGUUAUGGAUUUUGAGCGACUAGGCAAUAGUUGUAAAAAGCACGAAGAUCGUAAUAAUUGUUGUGUUUUGUUGAAAAGACGCAGUCUUCUCAUCUUAAAGGAUAAAGCUCGCUAUUGCUGGAAACAUGGAAUAGCUUGUCGCAAAUAUGACGCAUUUCAUAGACCUGAAGAUCUUGACCAAUUCAUAAUCAAGGAAAGAUCAACUCGCGUCUCUUUUACCUUUAGAAAAUUUAGAGACACGAAAUGCUCCUGUGAUUAUCCUGAAUUUUGUGAUAGCCAAAAAGAUAAAGCGGUUGAUAUUGCUGAUUCAGCACAGAUGGAAGAUGAAUUUGUUUACAAAGUGUAUGAUAAGAUUGCUGGUGAUUUUGACAGAACUCGGUACAAGCCAUGGCCAAGAGUAAAACAAUUUCUCGAUUCCUUACCACUUGGAUCAAUUCUGUGCGAUGUUGGUUGUGGAAAUGGAAAAUAUUUGAAUAUUAGCAAGAACUUAAUUAGUAUUGGAUGUGAUACUAGCUUGCAACUUUUAGAAAUAUGUCGACAAAAACAAAUGGAAGUAUUAGGCUGCAAUAUUCUAAAUUUACCUUUUCGAGAUUCAUCUGUCGAUCAUCUUAUUUGUAUUGCUGUGAUACACCAUUUAGCAUCCAAAGAACGGCGUGUUGCAUCUCUCAUUGAAAUGUCACGUAUUCUUGUGACCGGAGGAACUGGGCUUGUCUAUGUUUGGGCUUUGGAACAGGUUAAAGAUGGAAAUAAGAGUGUUUAUAUCAAAGCAAAAGGAAAUGCCGAAACUGAUAAAAUUAUUGAAUCUGCACCAAAUUUACCAGUUCACUGUAAUAGAACAGAAUUUAAACAGCAAGAUUUAUUUGUUCCAUGGAAAAACAAAAAUCAGGAUAAAGAGUUUCUUAGAUAUUAUCAUGUUUUCAGAGAACAUGAGCUAGAACUUUUAUUUUCCGAUGUUCAUGGAGUAGAAAUAAUAGAAUCAUAUUACGAUCAAGGUAACUGGUGCGUUAUUUUCCAGAAAAAAUGACAACUAUAGCUAUUCAAAAAAUUUUAAACGAUUUUGUAUGCUGUAAAAUUGAUGGUAAGAUUGUAUUGACUUUAGUAAAUUUAUAUUUUAUCAUCUUUCUGGUGCAAUAAACGCAAUCUCUAGUGAUUUACAAAUCUUUUUCCAACUAUAA